AUGUCCAAACAGCGUAGUGUUGAAGCAGCGCUAAUGAAUGCAAGACGCGUGCUGACACCGUUGCCAUUAAACAUCAGUGCGGACAUUACGCUAGGCGUACGAGUGGACGACAACAAUACGAUUCAACUGUUUGAUAUCUACAAAAUACAGCGUGAUUGGCUAGAAAUCGAGGCUAAAGGUAACUGGAGCCUCAGUGAUGGUCUUCAAAUUGAGCAGAAAUACCUGCAAAGCUACGUUAGCCGACGACGUAAUUUCAAAGGCCUGACACUAAGUGCUGGCAUAGUGGUGCGUGAAAGACCCGAAGAUAUGGAUGAGUUACAGUACCUCAGCUCUAUGGAUCACAAAAAACUGGAUCCAAUGCAGAGAAAAACCUAUCAAUUAAUGAAGCUAAUGGAACCAAUGUUUGCCCUAAGUUUCGAGGCUAUAAGCCGUCCCACUUGGGGUGCACAACUUUCCAAUGGUAGUUGGGAUGGUGUAAUGGCCUUAAUAUUAUCUGGCCGAGCAGAGUUUUCCCUGUGUCCAAUGCGUUUCGUUCUGAAUCGUAUACACUUAAUGGAUUACAGCAUUGCUGUGCACACAGAAUUCGUAUUCUUCAUAUUUCGCCAUCCGCGUCGCAAUAGUAUACGCAAUAUUUUCUUUGAACCCUUUGCCGAUGAGGUUUGGUACACUACAGUCGCUGUUAUUGUAUUGGCUAUAUCGUUGUUGUUUUUGUUAUUGCGUCACGAACAUCAAUUUCUACUUAAUAAAGAUCCGCAUUUCCAAUAUCGUCUCGAUUAUGCAAUUUUGUCUAUUUUGGAGGCAUUCUUCGAACAAGGACCGGAAACGAAUGCAUUCACCGCGACAUCAACUCGCAUGCUCGUUUUUACGGUCUGCGUCUUUAGUUUGUUGUUGCAACAAUUUUAUGGCGCCUUCAUUGUAGGCUCGCUGUUGGCCGUAGCACCACGUUCGAUUACCACUUUGGACGCUUUGUAUAAUAGUAGUCUGGAAAUCGGCAUGGAGAAUAUACCAUACAAUACUGAGUCCUUUGAAAACACAAUGGUACCACUGGGAAUGGCGAUCUACAAAGAGCGAAUUUGUAAAAAUCGUGAAAAGCAUAUACUGUCAAUUGAAGAGGGCGCUGAGCGAAUUAAGAAGGGUGGAUUUGCCUUUCAUGUAUCCGCCAAUCGCAUGUAUAUUUUACUGAAAAGUUUGUUAAGCGAAAAGGAAUUCUGCGAAUUGCAAGAUGUUCCAUUUAUUGCACCUUACCGUAUUGGUAUGGGCAUUACAAAGGGUUCACCAUUUAGAGAGUACGUUACAACGUCAAUUAUCAAAUUCCGUACAACAUCAAUAUUACAACAUAAUGAUAAUCAAUGGCAAUUGCCACGUAUGGAUUGCAGUUUAAGCCAAAAUCGCGAGGUCGAAGUGGAUUUGCAACAUUUUUUGCCAGCCUUAUUACUACUCUGCUCGGCUAUGAUAUUCAGCUUUUUUAUACUAUUUUUAGAACUGGUAUAUUAUUAUUUCGAGUCCAACACUAAACUGGCGCGACUUUGUCCUAGAAUUUUUCCAGAACAAAGAUUGGAGUUCAUAAACUGAGAAUAUAUACAU